GUUCCUUUCAGGGGUUACUUCUUAUUUGCAGACGCUUUUGGUGCUCGAUGAUGUGCGAAAGACUUUUUAUCAUCUGGACAUGCACACUUUAUGUAACGUUCAUUACAUCUGUGAAUAUUUCUUGUAGACUUUAGAUAUAGCUAACCUUCUUUAUAUACAACUAGCAAAAUGCGCCAUUAAUCAUUCUAACUUAACAUGGAAUUCCCAUUUCAUGUUAUGCAGCGUCCCCGCCGAGUUAUAAACUAAAAUAGUACUCGAUUAAAAUUAUUCCAUAAAUAUAUGUGCAUUGUCUUCAACGACAUGGGAUUGUGGACGGCGUGCUAUUACGCGCCGAUGAAGACUGUUUGGAGUACUUUUUCGACAAGAUUUACUACGAUUUGCAGUUGUACUGCAGUGCACAGACACAGUACCAACUUGUUACAGUUUACUUUUCGCCUAGAAAAAGUAGUCAAAAACAACGUGGUGGUUAGAAAUAAAGCAACCACACUUGGAAUGGCUUCCGCUAUGGCAUAUUGGCUUCUUAAAAUAAGACUGGUGAAUGACAAAAAUGGAGGCUACUUCGUGUGGAAGGCUCUUUGCGAGGAAGACAUUUUUCCAUCUAAACACACAGUGCAAAGACUAAUUUCUGUUGAAAGCAGACAAAGGAGUAUGUUUAAGAAGGCUGUAUCUCUAGUUUCCUUGCUUGUUCGAUUUUCACAAAUAUGCCUUGUAUUUGGGCCUAUUCUUUUUUUGUAUCCAGUCACAAUAAUAAGCAGAAAAUUGUACAAAAUAUGGCUCAGACUUUUGUUCCAUGCCGUUCAGUUUUCUGGUCCAGCCUUUAUUAAACUGGGACAGUGGAGUAGCACAAGACGAGAUUUAUUCUCUAGGGAAUUUUGUGAUCAGUUUUCCCAACUUCAUCAUCAUGUUCGACCACAUAACUGGAAAUUCACUGAAAAAGCCCUUUGCAGAGCUUAUGGUAAGAGAUGGCAAAACAUCAUAAAGAUUGACAAGAAUCAAGAACCUCUUGGAUCAGGCUGCAUAGCUCAGGUAUACAAAGGAUAUAUUCAUAUCAGGAAAGCAUCUGAAAUUCUUUGUACAAAAGAGAAGCUUGGAGAAAAAGUUAAAUCAUCAGAGGAGAAGGAAAUCAUAGAAAAUUAUGCUGUCAAUCCAGACUAUAUCCCAGUUGCUGUCAAGGUUCUACAUCCAGAUGUAAGAGAGAAUUUUGGUUGUGAUCUGUCUUUGAUGAGGGUCAUGUCACAAAUUUUGGAAAUGUUCAUUCCAACUCUUCGAUGGGUUAACUUGGCAGAAUGUGUGAAGGAGUUUUCCAUUGCAAUGACAAAGCAGAUGAAUAUGGUACAGGAAGCAAGAUGUUUAAAGCAAUUCAGGGAAGAUUUUUCCAAGUUUCAGUGCAUCAGAUUUCCAUUGCCCAUUUUAGAUCUUACUCAUGAAGACAUUUUGGUUGAGUCUUUCGAGGAAGGUCAACCACUGUCUGACUUUAUUGAUGAAAGUGUGGACACACCUUUGGAGCUCAAGAAACAAAUUGCUGACAUCGGCACCGAUGCAUUGUUUCACAUGGUAUUUGUGAAAAACUUUGUUCAUGGGGACUUGCACCCUGGGAACAUCCUCGUUCAGAAUGCUGCUGAAUACAGUAAAGAAGCUGUCGGUGCUGUGAUGGUGAAAGGUCCAUUGCAUCUUGUGUUCCUGGACUGUGGCAUCACUGCAAGUCUUGGAGAAACGGACCAUGAAAAGUUUAUGCAGGUUUUCACUGCAGUUGUGAAAGGGGAGGGUGAGCGAGUAGCGGAUCUUUUUCUGGAAAAAUCUCAACAUGUAGAAUGUGUUGACCCUGACACAUUCCGAAAAGACAUGGCUCACAUUGUCAACAGUGCCCGUGAAACUGCACUACAGCUUUCUAAGUUUAAAGUAUCACAACUCCUGUCUGACCUGUUCUCUCUGCUGAGCAAACAUCGUGUAAAAAUGGAGUCAAACUUCGCUACAAUCAUUAUCGCCAUAGCCAUUGUAGAAGGAAUAGGACGAUCCCUAGACCCCGAGCUUGACAUUUUAAGCAAAGCGAAACGUGUACUUCUGGGGGAAUUCAUCAAGUUCAAGCAUCAUGUAUAAUAAUAUAAGAAGAAGCCAGGUGAGAGUUUCUCAAACACAUGGACCAGCAUGUGAAAGUGUGCUGGCCAGCGGAGCAGUUUGGUGCGUGGGGUAUGGAACUGAAAAUAUCAGAUGAGCAAAGUGUAGAGGAAGAAAGGUAACCAGGGGCACGGGGAUCCAGAUAUUUGUAGCAAAGGGAGUCACACUUUAAUACAAAUGGUGAUUACCAGCUAGUGAAGAAGGAUGAUGAUGUAAUUGGUCUUAUUUUUCUGGAGCACCAGCUGGGCAUUGGCAUUCUGGAAAUAUUGAAGGCUGUGGAGUGGGGCAAACAGAAGGCCAGCAAAGAGUUGCAAUAGUCCACUUUACACUUUACCUUAUUCCAUGAAGUGAGACUGGUAUCAGAAUCAUAAAGUGAUACAGAUAUCAUAAUGAUUUUUAUCUGUUUAUUUAUUAAAUAGUAUGUUAAAGUAACAUUGACAUUUUUAAACAUUUGUUUUCACCAAAGAUAAACUUAAAGCUUUCAGUGCCUUGCAUAUUGAACAUUUCUGAUGCAGUAGCAUCACACAUCCAAAUGAAAGUUUAUUGGGUUUUUUUUAAGUCAUUGAUGUAAAUAAAUAUCAUUUUGCUAUCAA